CCGCCGUUCCGGCCGGAAGUCUCCCGGCCCGGGCGAGGGUCUUCGGGUUGCCGGAAGUACCGCUGCCCUUACCGGAAGGCCCCAUGCGAAGGGGUCCGGCCUUUGGGCGGAAGUCCCCUCCUCGCUGGCUUCCCUCCCGUCCUCCUUCCACCGGAAGUGCCUCUCGUCAGCUGGUUCCCCCCCCCCCACCUCCCCCUCCCCAGUUGUUAACCCCAAAUCUGAUCCCUCCUGGGUGAGCUCGGGGUCCAGUUCCAAACUGCCCUAGUCACCUUUCUCCUAGGGACCCAAGCAUCCCCGUCUUCCCCCAUCCUUAUGCCCUGCCCUCCUCUCCGCCCCCUUUCUGCCAAGGUUCGCAGCGGGGUAACAAGAAUUUGGAGGGGGGCAAUAGAGAGAGAGGGGGCAGAAGCCCCGGUCCCUGGAGGCAAAGGGGUCUCCUGGGCCCCGGAGUGAGGGGUCGGGACAGGGGGGCUCCGAGGCUCUGACUGUGCCGUGACGCCCGGUCCUAGGAGUCCUGCUCCUCGGCCCUCUCCUCGGCCCGCCAUGCACCCCGCCGCCUUCCCCUUCCCCUUCUUUGCCGCCACUGUGCUGUGGGGGACGAGCCCGACCUGCGGCCUCAUCCGAGCGAUCUCGGAUCACAACUCCAGCAUGGACUUUGCGGACCUUCCCGCCCUCUUUGGGGCAGCGCUGACCCGGGAUGGCCUGCAGGGGUUUCUCAUCGAGGCCCAGCCGGCCAACGCCUGUGCCCCUAUCGCCCCCCCGCCUCCAGCGCCCACCAACGGCUCGGUCUUCAUCGCCCUGCUGCGCAGGUUCGACUGCAACUUCGACAUCAAGGUCCUGAACGCCCAGAAGGCCGGAUACGGCGCGGCCGUGGUCCACAACGUCCAUUCCAACGAACUCCUCAACAUGGUGUGGAACAGCGAGGAGGUCCAGCGGCAGAUCUGGAUCCCGUCCGUGUUCGUGGGAGAGACGAGUUCCGAAUACCUGCGCUCCCUCUUUGUCUACGACAAAGGGGCCCGAGUGUUGCUGGUCCCUGAGAGCGGCUUCCCCUUGGGCUACUACCUCAUCCCCUUUACCGGGGUUGUGGGGCUCCUGGUGCUGGCCAUGGGGGCCGUGCUGGUGAUCGCCUGCGUUCAGCAGCGGAAGCGUCUCCGUCGGAAUCGGCUGACCAAGGAGCAGCUGAGGCAGGUGCCGACACACAACUACCAGAAGGGGGACCAGUAUGACGUCUGUGCCAUUUGCCUGGAUGAGUACGAAGAGGGAGACCAGCUGCGAGUACUGCCCUGUGCUCACGCCUACCACAGCCGCUGCGUGGACCCCUGGCUCACACAAACCCGCAAGACCUGCCCCUCUGCAAAGCAGCCUGUGCAGAGAGGCCCCGAGGACGAGGAAGAGGAAGAAGAGGAGGAAGAGGAGGCCCGGAAGGAGCCAGCCCGGCCUCCGAGCGAACCCCCACUACUGGGCUCCUUCGCCGGCGGGGCCGGGCGUUCCCCUCCUUCGGUUCCCUGGCCACCUCCCCCCACACCCCCAACCGAGCCCCCUGGCCCCGUGGUGGUCUGAGGCCCCUCCCCCAGGCCGCCCCUUCUCGGGGGAGGGAGUUUGGACACUACAGGGCCUCCUGCCACACCCCUCCCC